AAUGAUGUGAGGCUAGCGAAUCGGUUACCGUGCACACGACCACAGAGGGCGCACUGCAGAUCGCCGAGAACCCCGAAGCGGAGCCGGACACCCCCAGAGAGAAGCAAUGAGGUAGCAGCAGUCCCCGGAGCGGACGAUGUGCGCGUCCUGCCCUCGGAACCCCGCGCUACCCUGGCCGAGCCGGCCGAGCGCGAGUCUCCGGCGUCCCCUCGGAGCGAGGAUGCAGUGAGCUGCGGGACCGCUGUGUUUGGCCCGCCGCGGCCAGCCAGACCUCUCGGACUGCACUUGGGGCAAGCUGCUCAUUCCCGGACCAGCCCAGCCGAGGGGCUCGCCUUCUCCCGCACCCACUGGGGGUGGGGAGCAUCGGCCCCUGGGCGCACUGCUGUAGUUUCCGCGGCUCCUGGCCCUGGCCCAAGACUUGUGUGUUUGUGUCACGUUCGCUGAAGAAGAGUUCCAGCUUAUUCUCUCACCAUCCCGGUUGCUUUGGCCGAGCCGCCCCCUCUAUUUAUUUGCACGCACUCAUUUGGCCUUUUUCUAAAAUAUUUUCCGCUCCGCUCUCUUAUUUUGUUGCUUGUCUGAGACUUUUGACCUAGUCCUCCUCCUCAUCUAGGCUUCUGUAAUCCCACCCCCGUGUGUGUGUGUGUGUAUACGCCUCUCUUUUGCACACUCGAACUGAAUUUUUUCUUUCUUUCUAAGAUUCUACCCUAGCCCCUGCGGGAUUCCCAAGCACUAUCUGGCCUCUUCUGCUUCCAUCUCUCUGUCCCGGAGGUUCUUCCAGCUCGAGUUUUAUUUUUCGAGCUUGCCCGGGCCAAGCGUAGCCUGGGUUGGUGGCCCUGCGGGGCUCGCACCCCGCGCUCGGCCACCGCCGCCCAGCCACUCCCGGGCGUCCUCCGGAGAUGCUGCCGUGGAAGAAGCACAAGUUUGAGCUGCUGGCCGAGGCGCCGCCGCGGCAGGCGUCCAAGCCUAAGGGCUACGCUGUGAGCCUGCACUACUCCGCGCUCAGCUCCUUGGCGAAAGCCUGCCCGGAAGGCGCGCUCAGCCGGGUGGGCAGCAUGUUUCGCUCCAAGCGCAAGAAGCUGCACAUCACCAGUGAGGACCCCACUUACACUGUGCUCUACCUGGGGAACGCCACCACCAUCCAGGCGCGUGGGGACGGUUGCACUGACCUAGCGGUGGGCAAGAUCUGGAGCAAGAGUGAGGCUGGCCGUCAAGGGACUAAGAUGAAGCUGACCGUGAGUGCGCAAGGCAUCCGCAUGGUGCAUGCCGAGGAGCGAGCGCUGCGACGUCCCGGGCACCUCUACCUGCUGCACCGCGUCACCUACUGUGUGGCAGACGCGCGGCUGCCCAAAGUCUUCGCCUGGGUGUACCGGCAUGAGCUGAAGCACAAGGCGGUAAUGCUACGCUGCCACGCGGUGCUGGUGUCCAAGCCAGAGAAGGCUCAGGCCAUGGCCCUGCUGCUCUACCAGACGUCAGCCAACGCUCUGGCAGAGUUUAAACGCCUCAAGCGGCGGGAUGAUGCGCGUCACCAGCAGCAGGAGUUGGUGGGCGCACACACCAUCCCACUAGUGCCGCUGCGCAAGCUGCUCUUGCACGGACCUUGCUGCUACAAGCCGCCAGUGGAGCGCAGCCGCAGCGCUCCCAAGCUGGGCUCCAUCACCGAGGACCUGCUUGGGGAACAGCAGGAGGAGGAGUUGCAGGAGGAAGAAGAGGAGCAUCUCGAGGGCUGCCUGGAGGAGGUGGAAGAAGAGGACCGCGUGGGGGAUGGGGAUCCAGCAGAGGAAGAGACUGAGGCCCAGAGGUCGCUGCUGGUGGCCAUGCAGUUAGAAUGUGAGGACAUAAUGGACCCGCUGGAAAAUGGCCACGAGGAGGCGUUGGGGGACGACGGGGUCUCGCUGGGCCCCAGCUCGGGGACGUCACUUCCCCUGUCAAGUUGUGCCUCAGACAUGAAGGCCCAACUGUCACAGCUUAUUAGUGACCUGGGCGACCUAAGCUUUGGCAAUGACGUGAGCACCCUGGAGUCCGAUUUAAGGGUGACACGCCUGCUGUCGGGCGAGAGCACAGGCAGUGAGAGCUCCAUCGAGGGUGGAGGCCUGGACGCCACCUCUGCCAUCCCUGGUAACCCAUCCGGCCCUGCUGACAGCACCAGCCUAGAUGAGCCCUACUCGGGCUAAGCUACCAGAAGACGUCUCCGUGCCCCACCCCAGCCCCCACAUACACACAGGGGCUCUCCGACCGUAGUUCUAUUCCUCCUAACCUCCAGGAAAGAGAGAACGAUGCACUGGAGACCCAGACCUGAGUUUGGAGUUUUCUGGGGAAGCCAUUCUCUCCCUCUAGUUGCCCCAGCGCUUUUGGCUCUGAGGUGGCCCAGGUUGUGAGCAGGGAGGUGGAGGCGGGGAAGAAGCAAAGAGAUAGGCUCUCUGGGGUUGGUGAGGGUGUGAGUGAGGGAAAGCUGGCUGAAGUUGGAAAAGGCCAAGGGCGGGCUGGAGGUGCCCAGCAGCCGGUUUCCUGUUUGUGAGGCAGCUGGGACUUGGGAAGGAGGGGUUAACUUCCUCUCCAGCCCCCUGACUGGAAGGCCUCUCUCUGUCAUCAGUAUCUCAUUAACAAAGUCACUUUCAUAAUGUUGGAGGCUUUAAUGCCGCUUACCUGCCCCCAGUUCUUUUGGAUAUGAGAGCUUGGGCUGUUUACCUCAGACUCAAACUCUUGAAAGUAUGCCAAAUUUCUCAAAUAACUCUUCUAUGGGGGGGGGGGCAGGGUAUAAAAGUUGUGUUUUGUUUACAGUUAAAGAAAUCUAAUAUCUAAGAAACAAAAAAAGGAAUUUUGCUUUAGAAAUACACACCUUCCUCCCCCCCUCAAAGCUCCUACUCCAUGAUGCUAUGUAAAAUAUUUUUGCACUGUUGUGAAGUAUUUUUGACUUUUUUUUUUGUACAUAACUGUGUUCAUGGAGCUGAAUGUUUAUAUCUCUUUUGCUGUGCAAAAGAUACCUGUAAAGUGUUGUUUGGUUGUAUAUAUGGAAAUGUGUAUAAAACAUUUUGUUAUUUUUUGAGCAGCAUUGUUUCGGUUCUGUUUGCAUGUCAGCGGGGUGAGAAUAAAGAGGAAAAGCUGUCAGAA